AAGUGAAAGUGACUGGAUGUCAACUGCGCUUCUCGGCAGCUGUCACAGCGAAGUUUUCAGCAUUUUGUGGACUCGAACGAUCUUAUAUUUUCGACUCGUCGUGGUCCUGAGUCACGUGAGUUCUUUUAUUUAUAGUUGUGAUGGUGAACAGCAGGGUGGAGGCGCCCACAGUGGCCGUGAUGGGCAGCGGAGGGUCCACAGCGGGAAGGUCGUGCGCAGGAUGUGGAGGUCGAAUCGUGGAGCGUUUCCUCCUCUUCUCCAUGGAGAGGUACUGGCACACGCACUGCCUCAAGUGCUCCUGCUGCCACGCUCAGCUGGGCCAAUACAGCAGCACCUGCUACAGCAAAGGGGGCAUGAUCCUCUGCAAGAACGACUACAUCAGGCUGUUUGGGCACAGUGGAGCGUGCUGCGCAUGUGAACAAUCCAUCCCUGCUAGUGAAAUGGUGAUGCGGGUCCAAGGAAACGUCUACCACCUGAAGUGUUUUAUCUGUGCAACCUGUCGGAACCGCCUGGUCCCCGGUGAUCGCUUUCACUACGUCGACGGAACUAUCUUCUGUGAGCACGAUCGGCCAGGAGAUGGGCUCCUCAGUGGACAUUCGACUCAACUCCAGGCCAACAGUUUGAUGUCCGACCAAAAGGUUUGCUGAAGAAGAUGAUGAAGAAACAAAUGUGUGCCUUCUCGUCUGAGAGAGCUCAUCGCUUCAUUCAGGACGUUUGGACAACAUGGCCGCCCGCCAUCGGGAAACAGAAAAAAACGUAACAUGUCAUUGCAGGGAUUGCAUUGGAAUUGGAAAUGAACUGUUUCCAAAAUGGUGGCAAUGCGAGGAGCAUUUCUUGGUUUGAAGAAAAACCUCCGCUACGACGGUUUCCUUCUUGAAUGUUCUGCUCUCAAAGUGGUUUGUUAUGGAAGCAUUCAAGCCUUAUUUGGAAUUGCAUCAUCCACCCAAGUCCAUCGCUUAUAUCGAUAAUAGAACAUUUAAACUGUAAAAACGCAACAUUUGUUCUGAUGCUGGCAGCUGAAAUGUCCGUGUAUCCAAUAUGCGGCGUGAUUGGCGUGUCCAAAUAUUUCCCACCGAGGGCUACGUCCUGAAAAACGAAAGGAUGCACUUUGAUGUUUAGUAAGAGCUAAGCUAAGCUAAGACGCUUUUCAGAAGUCAUUUUUUAUUUUCUUUAGUUAUUUAAUACUUAUUUGGUAUUUAUUAUUGUUCUAUUUUCUUAUUUUUGUUGUCUCUCCUAUCUUGUCUUGUUUUGUUUAUUUUAUAUUUAAGUGUUUAGGUUUAUUAUGACAUUUUGACAUAUGAAUUUCCCUCAAUAAAGUCUAUAUCUAUA